AACCAAGUGGGCCCCUCAAAGGGAUCUCAAAUAUAAUUAAUUUCUAAUUCUAUGAGUAAGCUUUCCCUCUUCCAAUUUCAGUAAGCCAAAAAAAAGUUCCAAUUCAGGCUACCGUUACUCCCUAUAAACCCAACCCACCAAGGAAGCUGUGCUUCAGUCUUAGGUCUCAGACUCAGACACACUCUCUCUCAGACCAUGACUGUUGCUACUGUAGCCACAACCCACACCAAGAAGCUCGUGAAGCUCGGCCGGUCUCUCUUCCGCUGGGGAUUUAACUCCUCCAAAUGCAAAAUGCAAGCGAAGAUGGCGGUGGCUAGGAUAAAGCUACUGAGGAACAAGAGACAGGUGGUGGUGAAGCAGAUGAGGCGUGACAUCGCCUUGCUCCUCCAGUCAGGUCAAGACGCCACUGCUCGAAUCCGGGUUGAACAUGUGAUCAGAGAGCAGAAUGUUUUGGCUGCAAAUGAGUUCAUUGAGCUUUUCUGUGAAUUAGUAGUGGCCAGACUUUCUAUCAUUGCAAAGCAAAGGGAAUGUCCAGCUGAUCUCAAAGAAGGGAUUGCAAGUUUAAUGUUUGCAUCCCCAAGGUGCUCUGAGAUUCCAGAACUAGUGGAGCUUCGGAAUAUUUUUGAGAAAAAAUAUGGAAGAGAUUUUGUAUCUGCCGCUGUUGACCUACGACCCAGCUGUGGUGUAAACCGCAUGCUGAUUGACAAGCUCUCUGUUAGAACCCCUACGGGUGAAGUAAAGUUGAAACUCCUGAAGGAGAUAGCCAAGGAAUACCAGGUUGAGUGGGAUACAUCAGAAUCUGAACAGGAGCUUCUCAAACCUCCAGAAGAGCUUAUUCAAGGACCGAGCAAUUUUGUUAGUGCUACCAGCAUGCCUUUGCAGGCUCAAUCUGUCGAGCCUAAUAAGCCAGACACCAGUUCACGCAGAACAAGUGGCGGUGGAGAAAGGGGAUCCGUUCAGCCCAAUAAGCCAGGCACCAGCUUUUCACGCAGAACAAGUAGCGGUGGAGAAAGGGGACAUAUGCAUUUUGCAGACUCGGCCUCAGCUGCUGAAGCAGCUGCAAAAUCUGCAAAUGAUGCAAUGGCUGCUGCACAAGUUGCUGCAUAUCUGGCCAACAAAGACUUCAGUCAAGCACCUCAAGUUCCUCUAAGCGUCAAUAAUGGAUUUGGAACCCCUUCUGGCCAUUCCACUGGCCACUUCAUGCCAGAUGGUCCACCAGUUGAUUCUCAGAAUAUGGAUCACCAAUCUCAAGCUUGUGGAAUUGAUAGGUCUCAUUCUUCAAGAAAUGAGGAAACAGUGCUUAGCCAUGGAGAUGAGAAGAAAUUCGUCUACAGGAGAUACAGCUAUAAUGCCCCAUCAGAACAUUCAGAUAUUAGGUUUGAUGAAUCAGACUGUGAUGAAGAAGUUGAACUGGGGGCACCUCCUAGUGGCUUUCAUCAAGCACCUGAGCGUCCUCCACCACCCCUACCUUCAGCAGCUACGAUUUCUGGAGUUCAUCCGAAAUUACCGGAUUACGACGCACUUGCUGCCCGCUUUGAUGCCCUUAAGUUUCGCAAGCCAACCUAAUGUCUAGAUUUUGCUUCUGCGUCAGUUUUGGCUUGCUUGUAUAAUUCAUAUAUAUACAUAUUUCGAAUCACAAACCAACAUUAUGUCUAAAUUCCUUGUGCACCAAUUUUGGGUUGCUUGUAUAAUUCAUAAUAUACAUGGUGGAUGCUUGUCAUUCUAUCAUUUUGAUA